UCAGUCUCUCUCUCUCCCUCUCGUCACCAGCGGACUUCACUCGGUCCCUCCGCUGCGCCUGGAGCUUCAAAGCAAAGACCCGCUAACCCAUGGGGAUUAGAUACUACCAACACUAGUGGGGUUUUGGUCAGCCUACAGUUCUUCUCAGCAGAAGGGUGAUUUCGUUUAGGAAAGAAGGCGAAAGGGAGAGAAAGGGCGAAGGAAAUAAAACCGUUUCUUCUGCUGUCGGUUGAGGAGAGUAGAUGAGUCAAUGGCCGGAGCUCAGCCAGGAGUUCACGCGCUGCAGCUCAAGCCCGUGUUUGUGAGUGAGAGUCUGAGAAAGGGCAACAAAUUUAUGAAAUGGGAUGAUGACUCUACUACGGUGACCCCUGUGACCUUACGAGUCGACCCCCAGGGCUACUUCCUGUACUGGACUGACCAGAACAAGGACACUGAUCUCCUGGACAUUGCCUACAUCAAGGACGCCAGGAAUGGAAAAUGCACAAAAACGCCAAAGGACUUGAAGCUGCGAGAGCUUCUGGACGUGAGCACCCUGGUGGGGAAGAUGGAGAACAGGAUGCUGACGGUGGUGAGCGGACCAGACACGGUCAACAUCACAUAUCUCAACUUCAUGGCCUUCCAGGAGGAGAUCGCCAAGGAUUGGGCAGAAGAGUUGUUUGGCCUGGCGUCUAACCUACUGGCCCAGAACAUGUCCAGAGAAGCAUGCCUGGAGAAAGCAUACACACGACUGAAGCUACAGCUCAACUCUGAGGGAUGCAUCCCUGUCAAGAAUAUCUUCAGGAUGUUCUCAGCAGACAGGAAACGAGUAGAGACAGCUCUGGAGAACUGCAACCUCCCUUCUGGGCGGAGUGAUUGUAUCCCACAAGAAGACUUCACUCCAGAGCUCUACAAAGUAUUCCUCUCCAACAUCUGUCCUCGACCAGAAAUAGACAAUAUCUUCUCUGAAAUUGGAGCUAAAAGCAAACCCUACCUGACAGUGGAGCAGCUGACUGACUUUAUAAACGUCCGACAGAGAGACCCUCGUCUCAACGAGAUCCUCUACCCUCCUCUCAAACCUGAACAGGUUCAGGGCCUGCUGGACAAGUAUGAACUCAAUGAAAUGCUGGCGCAGAAAGGUCAGAUCUCGGUAGACGGCUUUGCCAAGUACCUGAGUAGUGAAGAAAACAGCAUCAUCCCCCCAGAGAAGCUGGACCAGAGUGAAGACAUGACCCUACCACUGCCUCAUUACUUCAUCAACUCCUCCCACAACACAUACCUCACAGCGGGUCAGCUGGCAGGUAACUCGUCGGUAGAGAUGUAUCGGCAGGUCCUCCUGUCAGGUUGUCGCUGUAUCGAGCUGGACUGCUGGAAGGGACGCACCACCGAAGAAGAACCUGUCAUCACACACGGAUUCACCAUGACAACUGAAAUCUCCUUCAAGGAGGUGAUUGAGGCCAUAGCAGAGUGUGCCUUCAAGACCUCCCCUUUCCCUGUCAUCCUCUCCUUUGAGAACCACGUGGACUCGCCCAAGCAGCAGGCCAAGAUGGCGGAGUACUGCAGGUCAAUAUUUGGAGACAUGUUACUGACCGACCCUCUGGAGAAGUACCCUUUGGAGACAGGGGUGCCCCUGCCCAGUCCAAUGGAUCUGAUGGGAAAGAUUCUGGUGAAGAACAAGAAGAAACACAUCAAGACAUCAAGUACCAAGAAGAAACUGUCAGAACAGGCCUCCAAUACCUACAGUGACUCAUCUAGUGUGCAUGAGCCCUCUUCUCCCAGCGCAGGGUCGACCAACCUGGAGAUGACCGAGUCCUCCCAGCCAAUAGAAGUCGCUGGGCUCAGCCUCAGAUCACAGGGAAGGAAGUCCAUUGGUGAAGUUGAGGCAGAGAGUGACGAUGAGGAUGAUGAUGACGAUGACUGUAAAAAGGGGUCCAUGGAUGAGGGUACAGCGGGCAGCGAGGCGUUUGCCACAGAGGAGAUGUCCAACCUGGUCAGUUAUGUCCAGCCAGUCAAAUUUAACUCCUUCGAGGCCUCCAAAAAGAUCAAUCGGAGCUAUCAGAUGUCAUCGUUUGUGGAGACCAAAGCCUUGGAGCAGCUCACUAAGUCACCUGUGGAGUUUGUUGAGUAUAACAAGCUGCAGCUGAGUCGUAUCUACCCUAAAGGCACCAGAGUAGACUCCUCCAACUAUAACCCUCAGCUCUUCUGGAAUGCAGGCUGUCAACUGGUGGCCCUGAACUUCCAGACCAUAGACCUGUCCAUGAUGUUGAACCUGGGUAUGUAUGAGUACAAUGGAAAGUGUGGUUACAGGCUGAAACCAGAGUUCAUGAGACGACCAGACAAACACUUUGAUCCCUUCGCUGAGAGCACUGUGGACGGCAUCGUAGCCAACACAUUGUCUGUUAAGAUCAUCUCAGGCCAGUUCCUGACUGAUAAGAAGGUGGGGACGUAUGUGGAGAUAGACAUGUUUGGUCUGCCGGUGGACACCAGAAGGAAGGGUUUUAAGACCAAGACGUCUCAGGGCAACGCUGUCAACCCUGUCUGGGAGGAGGAGGCCUUUGUCCUCAAGAAGGUGGUACUGCCCACUCUGGCCUCGAUGAGGAUAUCUGUGUUUGAAGAUGGAGGGAAGUUCAUUGGCCAUCGCAUCAUUCCUGUGAAUGCCAUCCGCCCAGGUUAUCACUACAUUGGUCUGAGGAAUGAGAAGAACCAGGCUCUGACCCUCCCUGCUCUGUUUGUCUAUGUAGAGGUCAAGGACUAUGUCCCUGAUACAUUUGCAGAUGUCAUCGAGGCAUUGUCCAAUCCCAUCCGUUACGUCAACCUGAUGGAGCAGAGAGCCAAUCAACUGGCAGCUCUCACUUUGGAGGAGGGGGCAGAGGAAGAGGACAGCAGAGAGGUGGAGGCGGCUGGUGAUGACCCAAUGGAGCCUGACCCCCGGGUGACCUUGCCAGCAGAGAACGGGGUCAGCCACGCCCCCAUCAUCUCCUCCAAACCCCCCAGCCUGGUCAGCCACCAGCCACAGCCCACAGGUUCAGUGAAAAUUGCAGUGAAGACUGAGGACGUCAUUCAGAGUGUUCUCACAGAGAUGGAGGCCCAGACAGUAGAGGAGUUGAAGCAGCAGAAGGGCUUUGUGAGGGAGCAGAGGAAGCAGUAUAAAGAGAUGAAGGAGUUGGUAAGGAAACACCACCGUAAGACCAGCGAGCUGAUCAAGGAGCACACGGCCAGGGCUGCAGAGCUGCAAAACCAGCACCAGCGCAGGACCUCCGCGCUGCAGAAGAGUCACAAACGUGAUGGUAAGAAAAGCAGGUCGGAGCAGUCCCUGUCGACCCUGGAGCAGGAGCUGUGUGUGUUGGACCAGGAGUCCAGUCAGAGACUGUCUGAGCUGAAGGAGAAGCAGCAACAACAGCUACUCACACUGAGACAGGAGCAGUAUUACAGUGAGAAGUACCAGAAGAAAGAACACAACAAAAUGCUGUUGGAGAAGUUGACAGCCAUAGCCGAGGAGUGUCAGAGUGUCCAGCUGAAGAAGAUCAGAGACAUCUGUGACAAGGAAAAGAAAGACGUGAAGAAGAAGAUGGACAAGAAAAGACAGGAGAAGAUUAAUGAAGCCAAGGCCAACAACAAGAACGUGACAGAGGAAGAGAAGCUGGAAAUCAACAGGUCCUUUGUCAAUGAGGUGGUGCAGUAUAUCAAACGGUUGGAGGAUGCUCAGAGUAAGAGAAUGGAGAGACUACUUGAGAAGCACAAGGACAUCAGACAGCAGAUUGUGGAUGAGAAACCUAAGCUACAGAGUGAGCUGGACCAGGAGUACCAGGACAAGUUCAGACGGUUGCCCCUAGAGAUCCAGGAGUUCGUCCAUUACAGCAGCAAGGCCAAGCUUAGCGACGACAGUCCCCAUGGCAACCUGUCUGUCUCCUCGACAACCGAGAGGCUCAACCACAAGUCACAGUCGGAGGACGAUACAGAAGACUCGUCGGAAAGAGUGUUUGACACGCCCCUUUAGGACAAAUCUGAAAUGCCACCCUAUUCCCUACUGUCUAUAGUGCACUACUCUCAUAUAAGAGUAGUGCACUAUAGGCUGCCAUUUCAUACACAUCCAGAGUGUGAUAUUAGAGUAGUGCACUAUAGGCUGCCAUUUCAGACACAUCCAGAGUGUGAUAUUAGAGUAGUGCACUAUAGGCUGCCAUUUCAGACACAUCCAGAGUGUGAUAUUAGAGUAGUGCACUAUAGGCUGCC